CGCCCGACGAAUUGCUGCUCUUCCGCUCCAAAUCCGGCAUGGUGCUCUGGAAAUCCAAGCAGAAACAGCAAAAGCAGAAACAUACCUCGGCCCUCGACAUUCCUCUCACAGAAUACGACCCCCGCACCGCAUUGCCCAAGAGCAUCUUCAUAGGGGACCAACAGACUCCGCCCCUCGUAUGGGUACAUGAAGCUAGAGAUCAUCUGGUCCUCCUGUCUGCAUUUCACCAAUAUCGCGCCUCUUCACCGGAUACAUACCCUGCCCGAUGUCUAUCAGCUGCUCGAGCAUACGCAUACUGGGCACAGCAUACUUUCUCGCCAAAAGAGCCCUUGACACCAGAGCAGUUGCCGUCACUAGACAUUCUCAUGGCUUGGCACGCACACAUGCUCAAUCCCAAAACUUUUGAUGUGGACGUGAACGGGGUCUAUGCAAGCUUGCAGGGACUGGCGUUCCCUCUCAGCUUAGCUGUGAGCUAUAUGGGUCGUGCUAUUCCAUGGUGCCACACUAACCAUAUGACAGGCUCGAGCAAUAGAAAGCGAAACCCUUCCAUCCCAUACCGACCUCACAGCGGACCAGAUUUCUCAGCUCAAAGUCACCAGAUGGUCACCAGAAGACAUCUCCGAAGCCAUUCAACGGCAGAGCAAGUUUGUGGGAAACAUGCACAGAAUAGCAUGGCUUGAUCCGGGCCGCUGGCUGGACCAUGGAACGAUGGAGCUGUCUCUAGGUAUCGUGCUCUAUCAUGCUUGGCUUGACCUUGCUCAUUCAACAUCGCUCAAAUACUUUCUUGUGCCACGCUUAGAUAUCGACCUUGCGUGGCACUCGCAUCAGCUUCACGGGACCGGGUACAAGACCGAUACCGAACGGCUGUUGGGCCAAUUCUUGGACCAUGAUGAUGCGGCGGCAGAAGAUAAGCUAGGGAAUGGACUGAAGAAGACUGGAGAGUUGUGGAAAGAGCGAUUUGGCUAUGAUUAUCAGCCUCCGGGAAGUGAUUGAGGGAAUGGCUGCCUGUUGACCAAGUUCUCAAGUCACAGAUCGCAAUGUGCAAUCAGCAAGUGCUGCAAUUGUGGAGAUCCGACCUGUAUCAUUGUGUGUAUGAAUAUGUUUGUACUGAGUCACGAGGUAUGAUGUGAGAGCUUGACGCUCCGUAGUGCAAACGAGUUUUCUCAGCGUCGUUGUAACAAGUCUCUCGCGACAGGUUGUUACGUCUGCACGGCCUUCUGC